CCAACCAUAUGAUAAUGAUCAUGAUCGAUAGUAAACUAAUCGUACGGCUCCAGUGCAUUUGGUGAGAAGAGACCUACUUACUAAUCGUACGGCUCCUGUCAUUUGACGAAGAAGAGACCUACUCUAAUUGAAAUCUUUGUCACAAAAAAAAAACAAGCAUUUGAGUCGUCUUCUUCUUCUUCUCUCUCUCGAAUCCGCCGUCUCCGAUCUCUUUUCGCCGGCGCCGUAGAUCGUAUAAACCUAAGUUAGCUAGAAAAUGUGGGGAAUCCUGGGGAGAAGAGCCGUCGAUGGAGGCUUAUCUGCUUCGUCUCUCAGAAGGAUGCGAUCCGGGUUGGUUUCCGCAAGGAGCUACGCAGCUGGUUCAAAAGAGAUGACAGUCAGAGAUGCUCUGAAUUCUGCAAUCGAUGAGGAAAUGUCUGCAGAUCCUAAAGUCUUUGUCAUGGGUGAAGAGGUUGGACAAUACCAAGGUGCUUACAAGAUCACUAAAGGCCUUUUGGAGAAAUAUGGUCCUGAGAGAGUUUAUGAUACCCCUAUUACCGAGGCUGGAUUUACUGGAAUUGGAGUUGGUGCCGCCUAUGCUGGCUUAAAGCCUGUUGUAGAAUUUAUGACUUUUAACUUUUCUAUGCAGGCAAUUGAUCAUAUCAUAAAUUCUGCUGCAAAGUCAAAUUACAUGUCUGCUGGACAGAUAAAUGUACCCAUCGUCUUUAGAGGACCCAAUGGUGCUGCUGCUGGUGUUGGUGCUCAGCAUUCUCAGUGCUAUGCAGCAUGGUACGCCUCAGUUCCUGGUUUGAAAGUUCUCGCUCCAUAUUCAGCUGAAGAUGCUCGUGGUCUUCUUAAAGCUGCCAUUAGAGACCCUGACCCCGUUGUCUUCCUUGAAAACGAGUUACUAUAUGGUGAAUCAUUUCCAAUUUCAGAAGAAGCACUUGAUUCAAGUUUCUGUCUUCCCAUAGGAAAAGCCAAGAUUGAACGAGAAGGAAAGGAUGUAACAAUAACAACUUUCUCGAAGAUGGUCGGGUUUGCCCUCAAGGCAGCUGAGAAGCUUGCAGAAGAGGGAAUAAGUGCUGAGGUAAUAAAUCUGCGGUCAAUCCGCCCGCUAGACAGAGCAACGAUCAAUGCUUCAGUGAGAAAAACAAGUAGAUUGGUAACAGUUGAAGAAGGUUUCCCUCAGCAUGGAGUCUGUGCAGAAAUCUGUGCGUCGGUAGUAGAGGAGAGCUUUUCAUACUUGGAUGCACCGGUGGAGAGGAUAGCAGGAGCCGAUGUUCCAAUGCCUUACGCAGCUAACCUAGAGAGAUUGGCUCUUCCUCAGGUAGAGGAUAUCGUUCGAGCAGCAAAGAGAGCUUGUUUCAGAUCCAAAUAAGACAAUCAUCAUCUUCAGAAACCAACCCCCCAACACAUUCCUUCUUUGAGUAAAGGAAAAUAAGAAAAGAGGAGAAAAUGAUGUCUCUUUUGCCACAAAACCACCAUUCCCCGUGAUUUUUAUUUGAUCUUUUGCUACUAAUGUCAAUCCUCGCUGCGGUUGUCUUUUUGUCCUUCAAUUUGAAAAUUAUUGAAUCUUUUGGGUUAAUUGAUAAAUCGAUCGAGAAAGCUAGUAAAGAAUCUCA